ACUUCAAUAACGACGCUCAUAAAUUAAAGCACUAAACAGUGCAUAACGUGUUCACUUUUACAUCUAAACUAUUACACGAAGUCAUUGUUAACUCGCACUCCCUACAAACAGCCUGUAAUUAAUUACACUUUUUAUAACACAAAUUAAUUUAACAAAUGUAUUGUCACACAACCAUGACGUAACAACUAAUUUGUCAAAUAAACCCGAACUAUUAAAAAAGCUCGCAUCUGCUUCAAAUAUAAACAGUUACCGAACGCACUAAAUAAACCGCUAAACAACGCGUUAAAUAUUAACCAGAAAAAAAAACUGUUUACAAAACCAUGACGGAUCAUUUUAAUUUUAAUGUUUUAACCCCACAACCCUAGCAUUCCCUUGCAAAGCGCAAACAUGUUAACAAAUAUAUACGUUUAAGCGAAAAUGACGCUUAUGUGCUAGAAGUUAGGGUGUAUGAUGGCUGUGAAUGUAUGAAGUCAUACAUGUAUGAAUGUAGGAGGGUCUGCGAUAGGAGGUGCCGAGAGGCGGGGCCGGCGCGGCGGGCGCGCGCCGCGGCAGUCGAGUGCCGGCCGCGCGAGAUGUCGCACCACGAUGACUCCGCCACACAGUUUCGCCAUCCGCAACCUGCUGCCCGAGGCGUCCUCGCGCUCGCCCUCGCCCUCCGACACUGAGCUGGACGUGACGGGCACGGAGACGCCGCCGCCCGGCUGCUCCACGCUCACCGACGAAAAGAAAAACGAGAAGCCUGCCUACAGUUACAAUGCACUCAUCAUGAUGGCUAUCCGCAGCAGCCCUGAAAAAAGACUGACUCUCAACGGCAUAUACGAAUAUAUAAUGAAGAACUUCCCUUACUAUAAGGAGAACAAACAGGGUUGGCAGAACUCGAUCCGGCACAAUUUAAGCCUAAACAAAUGUUUCGUGAAAGUGCCGCGGCACUACGACGACCCGGGCAAGGGCAACUACUGGAUGCUGGACCCGUCGUCGGACGACGUGUUCAUCGGCGGCACGACGGGCAAGCUGCGGCGGCGCUCGACGGCGGCGUCGCGCUCGCGGCUGGCCGCCUUCAAGCGCGGCGCGCUGCUGCACCCCAUGUUCGGCAGCCCGUACGCGUCGCUGGUGGGGCUGUACCCGCCGCUGCUGUCCGUGUACGGCCGCUACGCGCUGCCCGCGCCGCUGCUGCGCCUGCCGCCGCCGCCGCCCUCCCCCUACCACCAGCUCUACCGCAGGAUCCACGGCAUGGCGCCCGCCGCCAGCCCGCCGCCCGACGAGCCCGACCACUUCGUCAAACACAGUUGAUUAGUGAUGGGACACGAGGCUGUCUAACGUAUGGGCCUUGCAAGAGAUAUUCUCUAUAUACCUCGGCAAAGGCAAAGUGACUGUGAUAUGUGAACAGUGUACAGUAGAGUGGUAACGCUAUUUAUUAUUAAUGUAAGAUUUAUAUUUAAAUUUAAACUUGAUACGAGGCUUAAUUUAAGUUAUGAAGCAAUAAACGAUGUUUCCGAAACGAACGAUGACUAUUA